UCCUUUGGAGCGCAGCCAAGUUACGAAAGUACGUACAACCACCUGACAUCCCAACACGUUACCACUUGCAAACACACGCGCAAAAUCGCUAAGGCCUUGCCAUUUUCCCGCCUUCAUCGUCCACGCACUAGAGCAGGCUCGAACGCGCGACCGACCGCUACGAUUACGAUAUAACCUUUUUUUUAUUUGCCGCCACGGCGCGACCGUUGCAACCAACGACGCACCGCUACGAUGGACGCUUCCACUCUGGUUAGGCUGCUGAGCAUGCUGCUGCCCGCCAACGUCGUCGAAUACGUCAACAAGCAUGCGCUGCGCGCCGACGCGCCGCUGCAAAUCUACAUGACACAGGCCCGGUCGCAGGCCUCGCGCGCCGCCGAGCGAGCAUACCCCUAUGUCCAGCCGCGCGUGGAGCGUCUCGUGUCGGCCAUGUCGUCGGCAGCCGAGAGCUCGCCGGCCGCAGGGGCCCUGGGCAGCUUGCUGGUGCCGCUGGCCAUCUUGGCCGUGUCGGUGAUUGUGAUGAACUGGAUCAGGAGGAUGGUGGUGUGGUGGACAAAGCUGGCUUUUCGGGCCGUGUUCUGGGCGACUGUUUUUGCGCUGGCCGCAUGGGUCUGGAACCGUGGUGUCGAGGAGAGUGUGAGAGAUGUGGUUGUUCUCGGCGGCAAGGUUGCUGGUUUCGCGUGACGAUGAUGAUGAUGAUAACGAUGAUGAGGAGAAUGAGAGAGAGAGUUUAAUUAUAAUGGCUUGAAUUUUUAUUUUGGGAGAACCAUAUAUGUAUAUGGUGAAUAGAUAUCAUCCAAGAACGCCUACGCUAUGCAUGUAAAAUAAGCAAAAGAAACAUCAUAAGAAGCAGUGCCCAAGGAGGGAGACGACGCCUUCUGUGGUUUAAUCGUCGUCCUCUUCAUCGAGCUCGUUCUCAUCGUCGGGUUCUUUGGGAUCCUGUGCCUCGUGGUAUUGAAUACAGUCGUCGAUGUAGCUGAGAAUGGCAGCGACACUGUCCUCGUUGGUCACGUCCAGCUUUAGGUAGUUUACCAUGCUGAAGCUCUCAAUCAAGCUAGCCACAGCGCGGUUCAAGCGUCGGAAGCUGGCGCCCUUCAUGACUUGUUCGCGGUCGUCGGGUCGCUUCGACUCGUCGUCUUCCGGCACGUCUUCAGUGAGGCGCUUGCGCUCAAGCGGAUCGUCUUCGAGGAGCGCGAGAUCGGGUGUCAGGAAGUUCUUGAGGUCUUUGUUCUUCACUUGGCCCUUGACAAGGUCCAUCUUGGAGAGCACGUUGAUGUGCGGAACCUCAAGCAUCAGCAUGGCACUCAUGGCGCUCAGUGUUCCAGAGAAGAACUUGGCACGGUCGACGACAAACGUCGCCUCGAGAAGGUAGACAGCUGCCAUACGGAUGUCCAAUGCGCCGGAUUGAGAUAGGAACCUCAUAAGUGUCGGCAGGAUGGGAAUGUGAGUGUACAGCUCGAUCUGGCCAGGCAUGUCGAAGAUGAUGAGGUACUCUUCUGUCAAAGAGUCCAGAGCUUCAGUCAACCAAUCCAAGUUUUCCAUAAGAAACUCGAAGCAGUAAAUGAGACCGCCGUUGGGCCCGAGGCCGACCUCUUCCAUGGCAUCCUUAAGAGAGAUGA